AUGGCGGAUACCGGCGACAAUGGAUAUGAUGAUUCUAGUAAAAGAGUUAAAUAUGAUAGACAAUUGAGAUUGUGGGAUGAUCAUGGACAGCAUGCAUUAGAAGCUGCUCAUGUUUGUUUGAUAAAUGCUACUGCAACGGGAACCGAAAUACUGAAGAGUUUAGUUCUCCCUGGUAUUGGCGCUUUUACAAUCUUAGAUGGUGAGAAAAUUUCUGGUCAAGAUGCGGGUAAUAAUUUUUUUUUCGAUAAAGAUAGCGUCGGACAGUCUAGAGCAAAAGUAUCCACAAAAUAUUUACUUGAAUUGAACCCGGAUGUACGAGGAGAGUUUGUAGAUGAAACCUUAGAAAGUACGAUGAAAGCGGAUCCUAAUUUUUUCUCGAAGUUCUCUGUUGUCAUAGCAACGGGAGUUACCGAAGGGGCAUUAUUGAGGUUAGCUGACACACUAUGGGACCAAGGAGUUCCUUUACUAGUGUGUCGUUCUUAUGGAUUGAUUGGAUAUUUAAGACUCCAAGCUAGCGAUCGGACGAUUAUUGAAUCCCGUCCCGAGAAUGAAUAUCAAGAUCUACGAUUAGAUCAGCCGUUUUCUGCUUUGAGGGAAUACGUUGAUUCGAUCGACUUGGAUCAGUUGACAGACCAAGAACACUCGCAUGUGCCCUAUGUUGUAAUUCUCUUGAAGGCCUUGGAUGUGUGGAGACAAAACCACGAUGGUGAAAUGCCAAAAAAUUCUAAGGAAAAGAAUCUUUUUAAGGCUGAAAUAAUGAAAGGUAUGAGGAAGAAAGAAGAUGAGAAUUUCGAAGAAGCUUGCCGAGCGGUAAAUAGGGCCAUAACUAAAACUUGUGUGCCUAGUGAAGUUAAUGCAAUUCUAAAUGAUCCUCUGUGUUCCGAUUUGAACAGCGAAAGCAAGUCAUUUUGGAUUUUAUGCAGAGCUUUGAAGGAAUUUGUUGAACACGAAGGCAACGGAAGUUUACCGGUCAGGGGUGUUAUUCCAGAUAUGUUAGCUGAUACUCAGAGUUACAUUAAACUUCAAAACAUUUAUAAGAAGAAAGCUGAAGAAGACUCAAAUUGUAUGCUUUUAAGAGUCCAAGAAAUUUUAAACAACAUUGGAAAGUCUCAGGACAGUAUUACUGAACAUGAAAUAAAAACAUUCUGCAAGAAUUCCUACUGUUUGCGUGUUUUACAUGGAAGGUCUUUAAAAGAAGAAUAUGAUUGUAAAACGUCUAGAAUUCAGAAUUUAAUUGCCAAUUUAGAACAUGAAGAUAGUGAUAUAAUCUUUUAUGCUCUGCUUAGGGCUGCUGAUAAAUUUUAUACUGAAUAUUGUAGAUUUCCUGGCCAAAGUAAUGACGAUGUUGAAUCUGAUAUUAUAAAGAUAAAAAAUUGUCUUUCCCAGUUAACACAAGAAUGGAAUUGCCCUUCAAUUAUGAAAGAUGAUUACAUACACGAGAUUUGUCGGUGGGGAGGUGCUGAAAUUCAUUCAGUGGCAGCUUUUGUCGGUGGAACAGCUGCUCAGGAAGUCAUUAAAUUAAUUACUGGCCAAUAUGUGCCUUUCAAUAAUACUUUGAUAUAUUCUGCUAUCACCCAUAAUGUUUCUACUUAUUGCUUGUGAUUUGAGUUUGCAUGUCAUGUUUAUUGAAAUGCUGAAAAUUUUCGUGUACUUGGAAUGUUAAUUUUCUAUAAAAUAAAGUAUAUUUAUAAUGCA